AUGACCAUGAGCUCUGGAUGCAUGGACCAGUCUUUCAACUGCUUGUCCACGGAGAAGCAGGGUGCAGGUGCACAUGAUAACCAGGAAGAACUGUACUGCAAUGAUGCUAAUUUCGCGACUGCAUCCGGAUCCAAGCUUAAUUUUAUUGUUGAUUUCAUCAGGCAAGCGUGGAAAACGUGUUUCACUCCUUGUUCUCGGACAACGCAAUUUCCUUUUUGGAGCGUUUUCACACCUCGCAAGGAGACAAGAGUUUUUAUUGCUCGAGAUGGUCUAUGGAGGAAGGCUCUAACACCGUGCAUGCCAAAGCUUCCAUUGGGAGACUACUUCUCAGUUAAGGCGAUCCUUGAGGUGGAGGUGCAGAAUAUGAUCAAGGUUUCCUAUGCAUCGCACGUUGUUGAGGCACACACGUUUGUGGAUUGUGCGAAGGCUAUGAUGGGUGUGCAUCUUGCUUUUUGA